AUGAUUUUUACAUCAUCUCCAACCACAUUAAUAGCCAAAGAAAAAUCAAUUUCGAACAUCCAAACUCUCAUCAAGUACUCAAUCAAUCAAAAGAAAUGUAGAAUUGAACAAAUGUGCCUAACAUUCAAUCCACAAGAAACCUUGUACAAACUUAAAAUUAACUUUGAUUCCAAGAAUCCCAACACUGAAUUGAUUGAACAAGGAUUUGAAAUUAUCAAAAGAAAGCAAGAAACACAUAUAGCAAAUUGUACACUCCCUGAAUCAACAAGUGAACUCGCAAUUACCAAAGCUAUUAAAACACUAUGCAAGAACACAACCAUCAAAUUCGAAAAAGAGAGACUCAGUAUUAAGAAAAAGGUAAAAGAUACCUACUCAUACCUAAUUGUUGAAUACAAGCUUAAUGACAUCACUGAAUUGAAUAGACUAACCUCAACAAGAUUUAUAUGCUCCACAGAAUUGAAACCAAUUUCAAGACAAUUCAAGCCAAAGUCAACCGCAUGA